AAACGGCAAUGCCGAACGAUAGCCGAGAGGAUGGUCCUGGCCGUUUUGGCCAUAUCCUAAUCGGUGAACUCCCGUCUCGUGACGUCACGGCUCGCGUCUGUCCGACCUGCGCUCUUCCGAAGAUAGAGGUUUCAUAACCUUCUCAGCUAGGAUUGCCUGUCAAUUCGGCGAUGGCUGUCUGUAUUGCCGUUAUCGGCAAGGAGAACGCGCCGAAAUAUGUUGCUUGCUAUGAGCCGGAAGAAGAGCUCGACUUCCACUACAAGGUUCACAUGUCACUGGACAUUAUACAGGAGAAGCUCCAGCCUGAGAAACGCGUCGAGGACCUCUACCUGGGCUUGCUCUACUCGACAGAGGAACACAGGCUAUACGGCUAUGUGACCAACACGAAGAUCAAGUUUGUCGUAGUUUUCAAGUCGACCAGCCUGCCCAGGGAGAAUGAGAUCAAGGCGAUGAUGAAAAACAUCCACUCGGCGUACAUAGAUGUGAUAUGCAACCCGUUCUACAUACCGGGCGAAAUGAUCAAGUCUAAGAAGUUCGACAAGUCUGCGAAAUCAAUGCUGACGAGGAGCUCGACCAAAGAAAAUUAAAAAACAAACAAAAACAACAAGCAUUAAUGUUUUUGUAUAUAAAUUUAUAAUAAAUUAUUUGUUUA